GACCACCGAACGCAUCGGUCGUCAGAGGUUUAGGGAAUAGACGCUACAUUUUAAGAGUUCAGUUUGUUGUCUUUUUCUUUACCCUUCCGAGUUUAUUUUUCGAACUAAAUCAGGAUUUCAUCCGGUAAAUAGAACAGAAAGCUAGAUUUUCAAGUGUCAGUGUGAAAAAAAAAAAAUAUUACUAUACGCUUACUUAACUUUUCGAACGAUAAAACGGACGAAAAAUUUCGCAACAACGACGAGUCGAAGAAAAUCAAAGCCACAAGAGGCGCCGGAGGAGGAAAAUUCGCGAUUUGAAAUAAUGCUCGCAGCUUCGAUGUGCCGUGAAGUGCACUUCACGGUGUUGCCACCGUCCCUGGUUUCCACGGUACCCCGAUGUCUUUUCGGUCCAUCAAACGCCAAGGAUACGGUCGAUCUUCUUCAGGAGGCGUUGGACAUGGAAAGGGCGAAAUUUGCGAGAAGAUGGGGCGUCGAUCCGCGGUCCUCAGAAGACAAGGAGAACAAGUGCGGGCCUGCAAAAAGCAACCCGAGGACGGACAACAAAUCCCCGAGGAAGAGGUCGACCCCGUAUUCGCGGCAGACGAACAUCCACGACUUCUGGCGUUCGCGAAAGGCUUACGAUUGUAGCAGCAAGAAAAUCGUAUCCAAUUCAUCGUCAUCCUCCUCGUCCGCGUCGUCGUCGAAUGACGUCACCAAACAGACCAGCAACAACGCGGAAAAAUCAGGAUGCACCUCGACAUCAUCUCCGUAAACCGAACGUACAAUGCAUCGAUUUCGUUCUGUAAACAUGCAGAAACAGAAAUUUACAAGUAUAAUUAGAGGUUAACCCACUUGCAACAUUCUCGUAUUAUU